CUCCUCUGCCGCAGCUCGCUUCCUCUCUGUUUGCCAUGCGCCCAGCCGCCCUUCCUCUUCCUCUCGACGCCCUGCUUCUCUCCCGCCUCGCGGCCGUGGAGCUUCCCUGCUGGCGCGCCCCCGCUCCCUAUUUGCCCCAUCUCGCGGCGUCCCAUCUCCCACGCUCAGCCGCACCUCUGCUUCUCUGCUCGGCGCCCUGUCUCUCUCUCUCUCCCUCGCGGCUUCCCUUCUCCCGAGUUUCCCCUGCCAUGGCACGCCUGCUCCCUAGCUCGCCGCUCGCCUAGCCCAGCCACCCCUCCUCUCUUCUCCCUCGCGGUACCUCUCUGUUGGCGGACGUUUUCCCAGCCGUGGAUCUCCUUGUGUGCCGCGCUCGUGCGUGUCCCAGCUUUUCCCUUUCCUGGCGCUCGUGCCCUGCUACUGCAUCGGCUCUAGCUCGUUCCUAUGGAGCCGGUCGCCCCUUCCUGCUCGCCUAAGCCAAGCUCCCAUGGCGCCGUUCUUCCCUGAGCUCCCUCACGUCGCGCCCCUGGCUCGGAUCUCUUCCCUGCGCUCACCGUGGCUUCCUGCUGCAGCUCGCCCCAGCUCGGAUCCGCUGCGAGCUCAUCGGACCGCGUCCCUGGAUCGCCCCAGCUUCCAUGGCUGCUCGCGAAUUCCCUCUGUUGGCCGCGUAGACCUCCUAGCCGCGGGCGGCUCUGGCCCAGGCUGCCGUCGCGCCCUCCCCUGCAAGCUGCCACGUCCUGGUGGCUGGUGUUCACUUACGUCGUCUCGACCUUCACCAGGUGCGCGUGCCGGCCAUCGGCCUUGCCAUGGCGCUUCGCUUCCCCCAGCAGCGCUCUCCUCCUCUACUCCAACCAUAGCCGCGCCCCUCAGCUCGCCUGCACGUUUCUCUGCUCGCCGGCGCGCCCUUCCUGCUGCCUCACUCGGUCUUCGUCUCUGUCGCGCCGAUCUGCGCUCGUCCGUGGCCGUCGAACACGCCCAGCUCCUUACUCGCCACGGCCUUGGUCGUCGCAUCGCUGUGUGCAGCGGUGGCGUGGCGGGUAUUGGUCGCGGGCAUGGUCGGGGCGACGCAAGAUCUGGGCACGCCGUCAUUUCAUUAUGCCUAGCGUCGUGCCUUUUAUGCCAGUCAUCGAUUUCUUAUUCACCACAACACCGUCAUCCCCUGCCGUGCCCUGGAUGUCGUGCUCGUUGUGGUCGGCUCUGGUGGUCGGCAUCGUCGACCGUCAAUUCCGUCAAUAGCCACGUUCAUUCGUUAUUGUUCAGUACUCCGCGAGAAAGAAAUCUAGGGAAAUCUGGGUGUUGAGCACCAAUUUGAGCGCGGACGGUCCGGCCCUGAGGCCGGACGGUCCGCGCGUGCGCAGAACAGAUUAGGGUUCCGAGUUUUGUGCUACGGUUGUUAGCUAAAAUCAUGGGAUAAGCUCGGAAAUUAGUUUGUAAAGGGUCCAGCCCCCCUCCUCUAUAAAUAGAGAGGUAUACGGCCGAUUUGUAAUCAACAAUCGAAUCAAUACAACUUCUAUU